GCCGUUUUCCUCUCCUUCAGCACACACUACCCGCUGGCACGGGCCGAGGGAGAGGCGGUGCUGCCACCUCGCGUGGAGCCGAGCGCGAGUGGGGCCAGGGGCCAUUGUGUGCAGCCGGUGAGGUAGGUGCCCCGGUGGCAGCUCGCAGCCCCGAGGGGCGGGAGGACGGGCAGAGGGGUGAAGCAGGCCUCAGCCUCGCGCUUGCUGGGACGUGCGGCCCAGGGCAGCACCCACGUGCCGCUAGUUCUUGAGGACAAGUGCGAAGGGUUCCCCUGCCUCGGCGCAGCACAGCGCGACAGGGGACGCCUGUCCUGAGGUGGCUCCACCGGUCCGCGGACCCCUCGUGUCACAGCAGCGGUGACCCGCAGCCCGUGGCAGUGCCCAAAACCGCACGGGUUCUCGAGGAGACGCCGAGCGGCAGUGGACAAUCAGCGAGUGCAGUUUGCAAGCAGCAGCAUAACAGGAGUGUGAGGCUGCUGUGCUGUCUCAGCUGCCCCUGUGGUCCUGCUCACGUCUGUGAGGGGGACCUUGGCUGCCGAGUGACAAGCGGCAGCUGAAGCUAGGUUCAGUACUUCGGGCCUCUAAAGAACCGUGAUCGAAGGCAACUUUUAACUGUCUCUGCGGUGUUGAAAACAAGCGCGGAGGCGAACCAGUUGUGUGUGUUGGUGUUCACAAGUGGUACAGGAUAGGUAAAAAGAAGAUGUCGGGUCGCCGUGUCGCUGCAGCAUGUGAUAGACGUCAGCUGCCACGGGGCAUGGGUAGCAUGGCAUCCCCCCUCCUUGACCCGCGCCCGCUUCGACUGCCGUUUCUCGAGGCUGACAGUCGCCUCCAAUCGAUCUGCGGGCGCUCGAUGCAGCAGCCUUCGCGGAGGAGCAUUCUUCGGUCCCGGCCGCCGCCGCCGCCUCCUCCCUUGCCGCCGCCGCCCAUCGAUGCGCUCAGGGCUCCGGUCGCCAUUUUAGGGGGAGAGCGAGGGAGGCAGAAGGAAGGGUCGGCCCCUCCAAGGCAUUCCUUGCUCACAAUGUAUAGAACAAAAGUCAGUUUGAAAGACCGUCAGCAACUUUAUAAACUGAUAAUUAGUCAGCUGCUUUAUGAUGGAUACAUAAAUAUUGCCAAUGGCUUGAUAAAUGAGAUAAAACCACAAUCAGUCUGUGCACCAUCUGAACAACUGCUGCACCUAAUUAAGUUAGGAAUGGAGAACGAUGACAGUGCUGUUCAGUAUGCAAUUGGACGGUCAGAUACGGUAGCUCCAGGCACAGGAAUUGAUUUGGAAUUUGAUGCAGAUGUACAGACCAUGUCUCCCGAGGCUUCUGAAUAUGAGACUUGUUAUGUGACAUCUCACAAAGGGCCGUGUCGUGUAGCUACAUAUAGCAGAGAUGGACAGUUAAUAGCUACAGGAUCUGCUGAUGCCUCAAUAAAAAUUCUUGACACAGAGAGAAUGUUGGCCAAAAGUGCUAUGCCUAUUGAGGUCAUGAUGAAUGAGACGGCACAGCAAAACAUGGAAAACCAUCCUGUUAUUCGAACUCUGUAUGAUCAUGUGGAUGAAGUUACAUGCUUAGCUUUUCAUCCAACAGAACAGAUCCUAGCAUCUGGUUCAAGGGACUACACACUUAAAUUAUUUGAUUAUUCAAAACCCUCUGCCAAAAGAGCCUUCAAAUACAUACAGGAGGCAGAGAUGUUGCGCUCAAUUUCUUUUCACCCUUCUGGAGAUUUCAUACUUGUUGGUACUCAGCACCCUACUUUACGACUGUACGAUAUCAAUACUUUCCAGUGUUUUGUGUCUUGCAAUCCUCAAGAUCAGCACACUGAUGCCAUAUGUUCAGUAAAUUACAACACCAGUGCAAACAUGUAUGUGACAGGAAGUAAGGAUGGAUGCAUCAAACUGUGGGAUGGUGUUUCAAAUCGCUGCAUCACUACUUUUGAGAAGGCACAUGAUGGAGCUGAAGUCUGUUCUGCUAUUUUUUCCAAAAACUCAAAGUAUAUCUUGUCAAGUGGAAAAGACUCUGUAGCUAAACUAUGGGAGAUAUCCACUGGUCGAACACUGGUCAAAUAUACAGGAGCUGGUUUGAGUGGACGACAAGUACACAGGACACAAGCUGUCUUCAACCACACAGAAGAUUAUGUGCUGCUUCCGGAUGAAAGGACCAUAAGUCUCUGCUGCUGGGACUCAAGAACUGCUGAAAGGAGAAAUCUUCUUUCUCUGGGGCACAACAGCAUUGUCCGUUGCAUUGUCCAUUCUCCUACAAAUCCUGGCUUCAUGACCUGCAGUGAUGACUACAGGGCUAGAUUCUGGUACAGAAGGUCGACGACAGACUAAGAACUUCUUUGUAAGACAGUGAUGCUCCAGAUUGAUUCUAUCAUCUUGAAUUGAUUGUACUGCCGACAGAUACCUACAAGAAAGCUGUGCUGUGUCUGGUCUUUCAUUCUGUCAAGUGUGGCAGAAACAAUAUAAAAAUACUAAGUUUUGCACCAUGCUAAUUUUUUUUAUUAGUGUGUGUGGCAUCAAUUUUUUUCAGUCAUCUCCAAUUGUACUCAAGGAGUGGAGAGGGGAAGGAGGGGGGCAAAGACUAAAAUGAUCCUUGCAGAAAGGAUUAAACUUGUUUUCCUGUCUUUCUAAAUCCCACAUAACAAUAAUGUGACUGUAUCUUGCUCAAACUGGGCAGUGUGAGCCAGUUUUGCUCUGCAUUGUAUCUGUGCAAUUCCACUGAAGUCUGUUUAAAGAAUGGAUUACGCAAGUAACAGCAGAACUUGGCAAAUACUUAAUGAAGCCUUAAGCUGCCUUCAGUUCUGAUCAUUCUUUGUAAAACUGUUUUGUAUUUUUUGUCUGAGGGGGGUUUUGGUGUAUUUUUUUUUUUCUUUUCAGUUAUUUUCCAAGUGUCCCUUCAGUUCUGAGCCAGUUUUGUGCCAUAAGAACUUGGAACAGGAUCUUAAACUGUUCAGAUGAAUUCCAGAAAUGGUGUUCUAGUUCUGGUAUUAACGCUCAGACUUAAAA